AUGGCUACCAUGUCACCUGCCGCGAAAGCGGAAGCGGCCGCGGCCGCGGCUCCGUUCAGGAAGAAUCUCUCCGCGCAUGUCAUCUGUGGUGAAUGCAAAGAAGUGCCUCCUAACCUUGAGUUCGACUCUCAUCAGACGACCUGUGGGACUUGCGGGCUGGUUCUUGGAGACCGCGGAAUUGACAUGGGCUCUGAAUGGCGCACAUUUUCGAACGACGACCAGAACUCCGACGACCCGUCUCGUGUUGGAGAUGCCAUGAACCCGUUGCUGAAUGGUGACCAGUUGGAAACCUCGAUCGCCAGUGGCGCCUCGGGUCGGGCUCGUGAUCUCUACCGCGCCCAGAACAAACAGUCUAGCGACAAGGCAAACAAGCAGUUGCUUGCAGCAUACAAGGAGAUCGGGGCCAUGUGCGAUGGGUUUAAUAUCCAGAAGAAUGUGGCCGACACUGCCAAGUACCUUUUCAAGAUCGUGGACGACAACAAAGUUUUCAAGGGCAAGUCCCAGGAUGUCCUGAUCGCUGGUUGCAUUUUCAUCGCUUGUCGCCAGUGCAAGGUCCCCCGUUCUUUCACCGAGAUUUUCGCCGUCACCAAGGUCAGCCGAAAGGAGAUCGGCCGCAUCUACAAGGCCCUGGAGAAGUUCUUCACUCAGCACAACGAUGCGCGUAAGGCUGCUGUUCUGGCGAGUGGCGGUGUGCCCGACAACAAUGACACUUACACCGCCACCACUUCGACCAAGCCGAGUGAUCUAUGCAACCGCUUCUGCAAUAUGCUGGAUCUCCCCUACCCGAUUCCCCGCAUUUCUGGAGAACUCUCGGACAAAGUCACGGCCAUGGGUAUCUUGGCUGGGCGCUCUCCGCUGUCUGUUGUCGCAGCUGCCAUCUACAUGGCUUGCCACCUUAUGGGCGAUCCCCGGACCCCCAAGGUGAUUUCCACCGUCGUCCACGUCAGCGACGGGACCAUUCGUGGUGCAUAUAAGCAGAUCUAUCCUCAACGUGAGCGUCUCAUCGACCCGGAAUGGAUCAAGGAUGGCAAGGGCGAUAUGAACAAGCUGCCCGUAGGCUGA